AUGUCUCCGACCCCCCAUGAAAAUCCCGUGGUGUCGUCUGAAAAUCUCUCGCAAACACAUGGUGAUUCUGCUUCCAUUUCGACAGUGAGCGUCGCUGAGCAUCCUCCAUCUCUGACCCAUUUCCAAUCGCACGUCUCCCAUGGGCAAGAUGCCCCUAUCCAACAAUACUCGUCCUAUGUUGAGGUUCCAGACGAAGUAUAUGACAGAAUCAAACCAUCAAAAAAAGUCAUCAUCGUUGCCCUGCUCUCGUUCUGCAGUUUCCUUGCUCCAAUCUCGAGCACAACGAUUUUGUCCGCUAUCCCUGAAGUUGCUGCUACAUAUCACAGCACAGGGACGAUCAUCAACUUGAGUAAUGCUCUAUAUAUGCUGUUUAUGGGACUGUCUCCUUGUGUCUGGGGGCCCCUGAGCCAGGUGUACGGACGAAGACCUAUUUGCCUCAUAACCGCCGUCCUAUUCCUAGGUUGUUCGCUCGGUACCGCACUAUCACCCAACCUCGUCGCCUACUACAUAUUCCGGAUCCUCACGGCGUUUGAAGGGACAUCGUUCUUGACCAUCGGUGCAUCUUGCAUCGGCGACAUCUACAGGCCCACGGAACGAGCGACUGCAAUGGGCUGGUUCCUCUCGGGAACUCUGAUCGGACCUGCCUUUGGUCCUUUUAUUGGCGGCAUAAUCGUCACCUUUAGAUCCUGGCGUGGGAUCUUCUACCUGCAAACUGCACUCGCUGGCGUAGCAGCCCUAGGAGCUUUCUUUCUACUCCCGGAGACAGCUCACCACAUAAAAUCUGACGAGUUAGUCGGACUGCCGACCAAGAAAAAGGCAGCCAUCCUGUGGGGAAUGCUCAACCCAUGGCGCGUGGUACGUCUCUACCGGUACCCGAAUCUGAUAAUGGUGGCUCUGGCAUCCUCGUCGCUGGUCUGGAACAUGUAUUCGCUUCUUACCCCUAUCCGCUACAUCCUCAACCCCCGCUUCAACCUCACCACGCCCAUCCAGUCCGGACUCUUCUAUCUCGCACCCGGUUGUGGAUAUAUAGUCGGCACGUUUUUCGGCGGCCGAUACGCCGACCACAUUACCAUCAAGUGGACCAAGAAAAGAGGCGGCAACCGCGUUCCCGAAGACAGACUGCGGUCCUGUCUCCCGUUCCUAGGCAUCGUGAUCCCAGCCUGCAUGUUGAUCUACGGCUGGUCGAUCGAGAAGAAAUUCGGUGGCAUCCCCCUGCCGGUCAUCAUGAUGUUCUGCCAAGGCGUGGCACAGUUAUUCUGCUUCCCCUCACUCAACACGUACUGUCUGGACGUGAUGCAGUCGAGUUCCGCGGAAGUCAUUGCAGGCAAUUAUAUGAUCCGGUACCUAUUUGCAGCGCUAGGCAGCGCGACUGUGCUACCUGCCGUCGAGAAGAUCGGGGUUGGAUGGUUUUCAACAAUCAGUGCCGGGUUUCUGGUCGUGAGUAGUUUGGCUACAUUGGCUGCGGUUACUUGGGGGCGGGGCUGGAGAGACCAUGUUGAUGAGAAGAGGAGGGCGAAGAGGGGGAAGCUGAUGGAGAGGGGAGGUGAUGAGAAAGUGGCCAAUGUGGGGCCUGUGAAGGGGAAGGAAGAUGAGAAUGUUUGA